CCGCCGUGAGUUCACUUCAUUCAUUCAUUGACUGUCUCGGACUGCGGAUACACCCAGGCAGAGAAUGGCAGCUGGAAAAGCUCAUAUUGGGAAGACUGCUCCAGACUUUACAGCCAAAGCUGUGAUGCCAGAUGGACAGUUUAAAGAUCUCAAGUUGUCUGACUACAGAGGGAAAUAUGUAGUGUUAUUCUUCUACCCACUGGACUUCACCUUUGUGUGCCCCACUGAGAUCAUUGCCUUCAGUGAUGCAGUGGAGGAGUUCAGAAAAAUCAACUGUGAGGUCAUUGGUGCCUCUGUUGAUUCCCACUUCUGUCACCUUGCCUGGAUUAACACCCCUCGUAAGCAAGGUGGUUUGGGACAUAUGAAUGUCCCGCUGGUGGCAGAUUCCCUUCGCUCCAUAUCUCAAGAUUAUGGAGUACUUAAGGAAGAUGAGGGUAUUGCCUACAGAGGUCUUUUCAUCAUCGACGACAAAGGCAUUCUGAGGCAGAUAACCAUCAAUGACCUGCCAGUGGGCCGAUCCAUUGAUGAAACCCUGCGCUUGGUCCAGGCAUUUCAGUUCACCGAUAAACAUGGAGAAGUUUGCCCUGCCGGAUGGAAGCCCGGAGAGGACACAAUUAAGCCUGACGUCCAGAAAAGCAAAGACUUCUUCUCCAAACAAAAUUAAACGCACAAGACUGUGUAGCAUAGUCUAACAGGUCCUGUACUGAGACGGUCUAUAGUAAAUGAGUUACAUUAAGUACUACUGGUUAGUCUAGAACAUUUGUGUAGGAGUGGUAUUGGUAUUUAUAUUGUGAGAAAGAAAGACAUUAGGACCAAAGUGAAUCAUGGUCAAAACCAACUGAAAUGUUUUGUAACCUUUAAGUUAGUACAUAAAAAUUUUCUUAUUGUUCCUUUUGUUGUGAAAAGAAAUGUUGUAUUGUGGGGACAAGCUUGUUUGUCAAAAUGCUUGUAUUUCAAACAAUGAACCAUUUUUUUGAACAAAAACUUUUGACUGUUAAUUUUGCCUUUCCUUGAAAUUGUGCAAUUUAACUAACUUGGUUUGUAGGAUUACAUGAAUUGAGUUGGUUUGCUUUCUAACCCUUAACUGCAUGGGUGUGUAGCCAAAUAUUAUUACAUACUCGGCAUGUAUAUUUAUCACAUGG